AUGAGGUUGAUCAAAGUUGCAACAUGCAAUUUGAAUCAAUGGGCAAUGGAUAUUGAUUGCAAUUUGAAGAAUAUAAAGGAAUCGAUUUCUAGGGCUAAAGAUGCUGGCGCCACUAUUCGCUUAGGUCCUGAGCUUGAAAUAACUGGUUAUGGAUGCGAAGAUCACUUCUUAGAGCUUGAUACUGUCUCUCAUGCAUGGGAAUGUCUGAAAGAAAUUUUGCUCGAGGAUUGGACUGAUGGCAUACUAUGUAGCUUCGGGAUGCCAAUAAUUAAUGGAUCAGCGUGUUACAAUUGUCAAGUUCUUUGUAUGAAUAGAAAGAUCAUCAUAAUCCGACCAAAGAUGUGGCUUGCCAAUGAUGGUAAUUAUAGAGAGCUUCAUUGGUUCACUUCUUGGAAGCAUACAGACCAGAUGGUAGACUUUCAGCUACCUCCUGACAUCGCAGACGCUAUAUCGCAAACAAUAGUGCCCUUUGGUUAUGGGUUCAUAAAGUUCUUGGACGCAAUUGUUGCUGCUGAAAUUUGUGAGGAGCUAUUUUGUCCAGAUCUACCUCAUACUCAGCUUGCAUUAAAUGGUGUUGAAAUUUUUAUGAAUGCUAGUGGAAGUCACCAUCAACUAAGAAAGCUUCGCAUGGAUGCUUUUAUAGGCGCUACACAAGCUCGUGGAGGACUUUACAUGUAUAGUAAUCAGCAAGGUUGUGACGGUGGACGCUUAUAUUACGAUGGAUGUUGUUGUGUUGUUGUUAACAGAGAUUUGGUUGCUCAAGGCUCCCAAUUCUCAUUGAAGGAUGUGGAAGUUGUCGUUGCUCAUGUGGAUCUUGAUGCAAUUGCUAGCCUACGACUCUCCUCAAGUAGCUUUCAGCAGCAGCAGGCGAGCAAAAAAGUAGCAGUCCCAUUUAUUGUAGCUCCUUACAAGCUUUGCCAAUCAUUCCAUUUAAAAGAACCUAUUUCAUGUCCACCCAAGUACCGUGAACACAAACCAGAGGAAGAGAUGGCUUUGGGGCCGGCUUGCUGGCUAUGGGACUAUUUAAGAAGAAGUGAAGCUUCUGGUUUCUUGCUUCCACUUUCUGGAGGCGCUGAUAGCUCCUCUGUUGCUGCAAUUGUUGGCUGCAUGUGUCAGCUUGUUGUUAAAGAAAUUCAUAAUGGGGAUGAACAAGUAAAGUUUGACGCGGUAAGGAUUGGCCAAUAUCCUGACGGCAAAUUUCCAACUAAUAGCAAAGACUUUGCAAAACACAUAUUUUACACUGUGUUCAUGAGGACUGAGAAUAGUUCUGAAACAACAAAAUCACGUGCCAAAAAGCUUGCGGAUGAGAUUGGGUCAUGGCAUCUUGAUGUCUGUAUAGAUGGUGUUAUUUUAGCCCUACUAACUUUGUUUCAGACACUAACAGGAAAACGCCCUCGCUAUAAGGUUGAUGGAGGGUCCAAUGUUGAGAACUUAGAGCUACAGAACAUUCAAGCUCGUAUUAGAAUGGUUUUGGCUUUUAUGCUGGCAUUGCUUAUGCCUUGGGUUCAUAGAAAAUCGGGGUUUUAUCUUGUGCUUGGUUGCACCAAUGUUGAUGAGGCAUUGCGUGGUUAUUUGACAAAGUAUGAUUGUAGCUCAGCCGACAUAAAUCCUAUUGGAAGUAUAAAUAAGACCGAUCUUCGAGCAUUCUUGCGAUGGGCUGCUGUCAAUCUUGGCUACUCUUCCUUGGCAGAGGUUGAAGCUGCUCCACCAACUGCUGAACUGGAGCCAAUACGCUCAGAUUACACACAGCUGGAUGAAGUGGACAUGGGAAUGACGUAUGAAGACCUUUCAGUUUAUGGUCGACUGCGUAAAAUUUACCGUUGUGGUCCUGUAUCUAUGUUCACGGAUCUUAGCUUUAGAUGGGGUUCAAAAUUGACACCAUCAGAAAUUGCUGAAAAGGUUAAGUACUUCUUUGAGCACUAUUCCAUCAAUCGGCACAACAUGACUCUCCUUACGCCUUCCUACCAUGCAGAGAGGUAUUCACCGGAGGACAAUAGAUUCGAUCUACGUCAGUUCUUGUACAACUCGAGAUGGCCAUUUCAAUUUCGCAAAAUUGAUAAGCUUGUUAAGAAGAUCAACGGUGACAAAGUUCUCCCGGCAUAAUCCAAUGACCAAGAUAAAUCAUAACUCGAAUCGGGUCAUACUAGUGGCACGAGAUUUGCAACCGCUGGAUCUGGAAACCUUAACGUGGGAUUUAGUCAAAAUUGCAUGAGCUAUGCAAGUUGCUAUUUCAUUAUUAAGUUGAAUAAUUUUAAGUUUUCACCCUCGACUUGCACAUCUUUACAAGUUGCACUGCUAAUAAUUACCUUGUUCAAUUUAUUCACCAUAAUUAUGUCGUUUAUAUCCUGAAGGACAUCAGGAACUUCAUCAUAUUUCAUCCACCAGACCAGGUUA